GCUUUUUCAAACAAAUACAAAUCAUUCAAUGUUCGAGAUUAUACUGACAGCUGUUCAAGUGUAAAUCAAAAUUAUUGAAAUUGCAGGAUGUAACAGAGUUCAACUUUGAUAAUUAAUCAAAAGAUUUAAUAAUGAAAAAAUUAUUUUUGGUAUUGCUAUAUUUCAUAUGCUUAAAUUUAUUGCCGAUUGUUAAAUGUCGUGGUCCUCAUCAUCCACGGGGACAAAAAAUUGUCCAUCAGCAUACCCAUUAUCGACCUAGGCGUGAUAGUGGAGAUGCUUCAACAGAAAAUGAAAAUCCACCGAAAAUAACUCAAGAUGAACAACUUCUACAUGAUAAAGAGCACAUACGUGAAGAUCUAGAAGAAGCCAACAAUAAUCAUAUUGACUUAGAAUCAAUGACAGACGAAGAAUUGGAAUUCCAUUAUUUUCAAUUGCAUGAUUUCGACAAUAACACAAAAUUGGAUGGUUUGGAAAUAUUACAAGCAAUACAACAUACAGCACAUGCACAUGACGAAAAUACUGAAGAUAAUACUGAUGUUGAAAAUUCAAAUGAAAAUGAUUUGAACUAUUUUAUUGAAUUGAUUGAUCGAGUACUAGCUGAAGAUGAUAUGGAUCACGAUGGUUACUUAAGUUAUCCAGAAUAUGUGAUUGGUCGAAUGAAAGAUGGUGAAAGUCAAAUUAAAUAUUCAACAAAACCAAAUUCGUAG